UUUCUUUUUCUCCUUCAUAUAGUCAUCUUAUUAUAAUCAAUGAUACAAUCUCUUAAGUUUGGUCUUUACAAUUUCAUCACUUCCAAUAGUGUUGGAGUCAUUUUAAGGAAACCCAAGUUUCAGGUUUUGGUUUCUGUGAAUUUGACAAUAAUGGGAUCUAAGAAAAGACCCUUUUCAACAUCAUCAGCUACUGGAAAACCAAAUGAACAAAUGAGUGUUGCAGCUGAAAAGGGUGUUUCAAAGGAAAAUGGUGGCAAGAGUGGGGAGAUUCUUGUGGAGGGUAUGGAAACAGUAGAGAAAAUGACUGUUCCUCAGCUCAGAGUAAAACUUAGGAGUCUUGGGAUUCCUUCCAGAGGUACUAAGCAAGAACUUGUUGCUUCUUUGAAGACUUUCCUCGACAGCAAACUUGAUGAUGCAGGAUCUGUGGCACAGGAGGAUAAAGUAUCAUCUGAGGAGAGUCUAGAAGUAGCAGAUAACCCUUCAAAAAAGAAGUCUAGAAAAGUGCCAAGUAAGAAUCGUGACCAAAGCGACGUUGCAUCCGAGGUUCCUACUACUCGGCAGACGAAAAAACGAGUCACGAAAGGCCAGACCAAGGAUACCAGUUUUGACAUUAUUGUUAAACAAGCUGAAAUUACCCAAGAAAUGUCCAUUGAAUCUAAUGAUAUCAAAGGCAAGAAAAAUGUACGAGCAAAGAGAAAAGUUUCAUCGGCGACUGCUUCAGCACACAUAGGAGUUUCUGAGGCUGUUGUUCUUUCUGUAAAUCAAGAUGAACCUUGGACUAUUUUCGCUCACAAGAAGCCUAAAGAUGGGUGGAUUGUAUACAAUCCUAAAACAAUGAGGCCACCUCCUCUUUCUAAGGAUACUAAACAUGUUAAGUUAUUGUCUUGGAAUGUCAAUGGUCUGAGGGCUCUAUUGAAGUUAAAGAAUCUUUGCAUACAGCAGCUUGCUGAUAGAGAAGAUUUUGAUGUAAUAUGCCUACAGGAGACUAAACUUCAGGAGAAAGAUGUUGAAGCGAUCAAGGAAAGUCUCCAUGACUAUAAGAAUAGCUUUUGGACGUGCAGUGUCUCUAAGCUUGGAUAUUCUGGUACCGCAAUCAUCUCACGGAUUAAACCAGUUUCUAUCAAAUAUGGUCUCGGUAUACCAGAUCAUGAUACUGAAGGACGACUUGUCACGGUGGAAUUUGAUAACUUCUAUUUACUGUGUGGAUAUGUUCCAAAUUCUGGUGAUGGACUACGCCGAUUGACAUACAGAAUUACAGAGUGGGAUCCUUCUCUUGGCAGUUACAUGAAAGAGCUAGAAAAGUCGAAACCUGUUGUUUUGACCGGUGAUCUAAAUUGUGCCCAUGAGGAGAUAGAUAUUUAUAAUCCUGCUGGAAAUAAAAGAAGUGCAGGCUUUACUGAAGAAGAAAGACAGUCUUUCGAAACGAACUUUCUAAACAAGGGGUUUGUAGAUACAUUCAGGAAGCAGCAUCCCGGUGUCGUUGGUUAUACUUACUGGGGUUACCGCCAUGGUGGACGUAAAACUAAUAAAGGAUGGCGGCUUGACUACUUCCUUGUCUCGGAAUGCAUUGCUGACAAGGUGCACGACUCAUACAUUCUCCCAGAUGUAGAUGGCAGUGAUCACAGUCCCAUUGGCCUUGUCCUGAAGCUGUAGUAGGUUCCAAGUACCAGCCAUCGUUUUUGCUAAUUCCAACAUCUUUGAUCGUCUUCUCGAAGAAGAUGGAACCAUAACAAGAAAACGCGACAGAGAUUAUAUUCAAGAAGCUAACAUGGAGUACAUAUUUGGCUCAUAAGGCUUUUUGACAUAUAAAUGGUGAAUCCUGAUUUUUGUGAAGUGGCAUACAGGAUUCUCAUAUGUUCAGCUAUUUUUGAUGCCUUGUUGAUUCACAGAGGAAGCAAAUGUGAGUGUCAUAAUACUCCUGUUGCAACUUGUGUUUUUUGUUUAACCUUCCAGCGUUUGGAACUUACUAACCUAACUAAUUUGGAUUCACAUCGUAGAAAGUCUGUGGUGAUGUUAGUGCUCUCCGUAUUUUUGCCCGAACACACUGAUUGGCUAGUUCUAAUUUCAUCACGUGCUCAUAAUCUAUUGAUCCAAUUAAUUUGAA